GGAAAUUCGUACUUAUGCUGAUUUUCGAAUGCCGAGAACCAGGCUCGUUCUUGUGAGCCUGCUAACCAACUGGCGCGGUUGAAUAUAACCUGAAAGGGGAUAUUCGUGGUUACUACUUACAGCCAACUUGCAUUAGCACCACUGGGUUUUGAUGACAACAGCACAAACGAGUUUGACAUUGUGAUUGAGACCAAGAAGAGUAGUAGUGAAUGGUGGCGGUGAUGUUGGCGAGAACAGUUCGAGGCAGCCACGGCAGCCAGGGUCAAACACUCAACCGUAUUACUUCGUUGUGGUGUCUUGAACUCCGCCAUAUUUACCCUUUUGCGGAGAAAUAUACUUCCAGCCCGGUUCUUCAGCUCAACGUCCGGCAAGCUUUUGGCGGCGCCCCGUUGAUCAAAUACAUGACCUUUGGUUCACCAGACAGGUGAAGGAAGCAGCAGUGCCGUGGCUUAGUUGUUCUCGCAGCCGCUCUUGGGCGAUCCUCCCAGUCCCUCAAGACUUUUGAUUCUUCCGCUCCUUUUUUUCCAGCUGUGAAUUCGUGUCUCUGGCGACGGGACUGGGAUUCUCGCACUUCGCUAGGAUUUUCGAACCACGGCACUUGUUAUAGGACAUCAGUCAAGGAACAGAUUGAGUUGAGCAAGUCGUGUAGGCGGACACUAUGUGGUUAGGCUGAGAGUUCAGAGGAAGCAGCAGGUAUACAAACGUGAAGGUUUCGACUGUGGUAGGUGGCAAGUCUGUCCUUUCCCGCCUGUUUUGUCUAGGUGCACAGAAGACCAGCGCAGUGAAUUUCAUUGCAGCUAUGCAGACAAUUGUGCCAGACCCGCGCAAAUUGGGAAACAAAAACAUGGAGGUUGUUGUUUGUCGUUCCUUCCCAUCGCCGCGGCGACUGCCCCUUCUCUGCGUUUUCUAUCCAACAAGGAUCCUAUCACGAUGGAGCGCCGAGACCACGACAACGCUGCUAGCACGACUAGUGCGGCGUCUCUAGAAGAGCGUUUGAGGACGGCCUCUAUCAACGCUCGGCGCAACCGCUUUUCUGACUUUCCUGACUUUCCUGCCGCGCACACUUAUGUCGAACCUCCCAAGACUGACGCCACAGAUGUCAGACCGUUUCUCAAAACUCCAAGCGAUGAAGAGCAGGCCCUGAGUGCGCAUAAUACGGACAAGCCACCUUUCUCUCGCCCAUCAGAAGCUGCCUCCGCUUUGCAAGAGCCACCGGAAUCCUCUGUCUCUCAAGCUCACACUUCCCUCACAUCGGACGAAAUGGAUCGCCGACUUCGCCAGAACAAGCCACGCUUGUUGCUCAUGGGCCAGCGCCGAAGCGGCAAGUCAUCCAUCACCAGUGUUGUCUUCCACAAGAUGCCUCCGCAAGAGACCCUUUUCCUCGAAUCUACCACUCGUAUCCAGAAAGACACCAUGCACUCCUUCAUGGACUUCCAGGUCUGGGAUUUUCCUGGGCAAAUCGACUACUUCGAUCCCACGUUCGACACGAACGAAAUCUUCUCUGAGAUUGGAGCGCUCGUCUGGGUCAUCGACGCGCAAGAUGACUAUAGCGAGUCCUUGAACCGGCUGACCACCACCAUCCUCAACCUUCAAACCACCUUCCCUCACGUCAACGUCGAGGUCUUCAUCCACAAGAUCGACAGCUUGAAUGACGAGUUCCGAGCUGAAAUCUACCAAGACAUCGCCCAGCGUGUCGGUGAUGACUUGAACGACGCAGGAUACAUCAACCCCAACGUCAGCUACCACAUGACCUCCAUCUACGACUACUCCAUCUUUGAGGCAUUCAGCAAGGUCGUUCAAAAGCUGAUCCCUCACCUUGACACUUUGGAGAACCUCAUGAACACGCUUGUCAACAACAGUGGUAUGGCCAAGGCCUACCUUUUCGACAUCCUCAGCAAGAUCUACGUCGCUAGUGACACGAGACCCGUUGACAUGGAGGUGUACGAAAUGUGUUCCGAUUACAUCGACGUCAUCGUCGACAUUACCGACCUGUACGGACACGAGCGCAAGCAUGGCUUGACCCUCGGAGAGCAGAUGCAGGAAACAGAGUCUUCCAUGACUAUCCAUGACGGUACCAUGAUCUACCUCAAGGAGAUGAAUAGGUACCUCUGCCUCGUCACCGUCAUCAAGAACGAUGACGCCAAGAACAAGAAGGGGUUGAUCGAUUACAACUGCCACAUUUUCCAAGAGGCCCUCAACCAAGUCCUGGCACAGGCUUGGAAUGCAGACAAGGCCACCGGCACCGGAGAGGGUGCGGAGCAGGAUGGCGAGGGCGCAGCCCAGGAGGCGGCCCAAGGAGAGAACUGAUGGACACGAGCCCCCGGCGCACUGAGUGGACAAGAGGACGAGCUGAUUGAUUAACAACCGGGCGCUGGCUCAUGCCAGGAUAGCCGUGAACAUGAAUACAAUGAAACGUGCCAAUCGCACAAUAUGAGCUAUUUAA